AUGGAGCAUUAGGUGCCUAAAGAAAUUAUAGAAUACUACAAACCAUAUGAAAACAAGAAAUCAAAUAUUAGAGUUUAAAAUGUAUUGAGUGCCUCUAAAUUUGAAAUGGACGAUAAUUAUAGUAUCAUAGACUCAAUUGGUCAGGGAGCUUAUGGUAUUGUUGUAGCAGCUAGAGACUUGAAUUGUUAGGACGAAGAGAAUAAUUUGGUAGCAAUCAAAAAAAUAGAAAAAGCAUUUGAACAUAAAAUAUUUACAAAAAGAACAUUGAGAGAACUGCGUUUACUUAGAUUGCUUAAGCACGAAAAUAUUAUCGGCAUCAAUACAUUAUUAUUACCUAGAUCAAGAGAAAAAUUUGAAGAUAUAUAUGUAGUUUCUGAGUUGAUGGAGACAGAUUUAGCAUCAAUUAUAAAAAGUGAACAACCACUUACUGAUGAGCAUUGUCAAUUCUUCCUAUACUAAAUCCUUCGUGGUUUAAAAUAUAUACAUUCAGCAAAGGUCGUUCAUCGUGACUUAAAACCUAGAAAUUUGCUUGUAAAUUCUAACUGUGAUUUAAAAAUUUGUGAUUUUGGUUUAGCUAGAACAAUUAUUCCUGGGCUAAAGUGUAGAGCUGGUAUGCUAACAGAUUAUGUUGCAACCAGGUGGUAUAGAGCCCCAGAACUUCUUUUAUCUUGGAGAGACUAUGAUGAAAAAGUUGAUGUCUGGUCGGUAGGUUGUAUUUUUGCAGAACUAUUGAGAAGAAAACCAUUUUUACCAGGAAUAGAUACAAGAAAUCAAAUAGAGCUUAUUUUUGAGUAUCUGGGUACUCCUAGUGAAUAAGAAAUAAAUAAUAUUCCAAGAGAAAAGUUUAGAAAAAUGGUUAAAAACAUGCCUAAGAGAUAGCCAAAGCAGUUUGAAAAAUUAUUCAGCAAAGCCUCAAAAGAAGCAAUUGAUUUACUUAGAAAACUUUUGACUUUUGAUUUCACAAAAAGAAUUACCGUAGAUGAAGCUUUAAGCCAUCCUUAUUUAUCUGAAUUGCAUUUCCCUGAAGAUGAACCAACAUGUGAGCCUGUUUCUAAGCUUGAUUUUGAAUUUGAAGAGCAUAAUCUUACUUUACAGUAAUUAAAAGACCUCAUAUACGAAGAAAUAUUAUAUUAUCACUAUCCCUCAUUUAAACAAGAAUACGAAACUAAAAAAGCAAAUGGUUAGUCUCUUAUUUCUCAUAUCAUAAAUAAUGCUAAUAGAAAUGUGCCUGAUCCCCACUCGAGCGAUGAUGAUUAAAGUGAUGAUGAUGACGAAAAUUGA